AUGUGGCUGGUGCAAGUCCUGUUGGUCUGGUGGUCUGUCCAGACGACGUUGGCCACAGAGGAGGUCCUGCUGGACAUCCCUCAGGGGACCCUGAGAGGGCUCAGGACGAAAACAAAUUGGCACGAUGUGCCCUACUACAGCUUCAAAGGCAUUCCCUAUGCAAAGCCCAACGUGGGGAUUAACAAGUUCCAGGACCCGCAACCCGCUGAGCCUUGGACAGGGGUGCACGACGCCACGAAACACGGGUCCAGCUGCAUGAGCUAUUGUUUGAUAAAGCAGAUGGUCGUGGGAGACGAAGAUUGCCUCUUCCUGAACGUGUACACCCCGGAUCUCAAUAAGGAUGCCAAAAGGGCCGUUAUAGUCUGGAUCUACGGGGGAGUUUUCACCCGAGGCUCAGCUGACGACCUCUUGUAUGGGCCGGACUUCCUGGUGGAGCACGACGUGGUGCUCGUCACUCUAAACUUUCGCCUCGGCGUUCUGGGAUUCCUGAACACCGGCGACAAGGUCGCGCCAGGAAACGCCGGUCUCAAGGACCAGGUGAUGGCGCUGAAGUGGGUCAGGGACAACAUAGUGCACUUCGGAGGAUGUGCCCACAGGGUGACGAUCGCAGGCCAGGGUGCCGGUGGGGCCUCGGUCAUGUACCACCUUCUCUCCCCCAUGUCCGAAGGUCUCUUCAAGGGUGCCAUUCUGCAGAGCGGCUCGGCCGUAAAUCCUUGGACCCUUUCCCACACGCCCCGAGAGGAUGUUUUCCGCCUGGCAAACGCUCUGGGAAUCGAGGCCACCGACAGUACCGAACUUCUCAGCAAACUCGUCGAGGUUCCUUCCACGGAUAUUGUCCUUGCCUGCCAAGGACUGCUGGACCCGAAGAAAACCUCGAACGGCAAAAUUUUCCCCUUCGUUCCUUCCGUGGAGCCGGACGUUGGACAAGACGUAUUUUUACCAGACGAUCCUUGGCAGAUCCUGAAAUCAGGAAAAAUCGCCGACGUUCCUUUGAUCGGGGGAAUGGUGCUCAACGAAGGAAAGAUAUUCACAAGCAGAUUGUCUAGAUAUACUGACUACGUAAACCAGCAUUUUGAGGAGUUCAUCCCGUGGCCUCUGAAUAUUACCGAUCCCGCCCGAAUCAAGGAAGUCAGUGAGUCCUUGAGGAAUUUCUAUCUUAACGGAAAAGAUAUCAGUACCGAUAACGACAAUGGCUUCGAUCAACUGGUGACUGACAUGGGGUUCACUCACGGGAUUAUAUUUCCUCUAAAAAUCAUUUCAUAUCGCAACACUUAUCCGGUUUACGAGUAUAUUUUCACAUUCGAGUCACCGUACAAUUUGAUGAGGACACUUUUCAAUGUUUCCGGAGAUACAGGAGCCACGUACGGGGACGAGUUGAGCUUCGAGUUUUAUACGAAUAUCGGCAUGAAUAUACCGGAGCCGGGAAGUGUGCAGGAUAAGAUGACGAACAUCCUGACGAAACUUUGGACGAACUUCGCUAAGGACGGGAACCCGACGUCGAAGCUCGAUGAUGAUGUGACAGUCAAUUGGGAACCUCUCGGCAAAGAGGAUAAUUACCUCAACAUCAACCCAAAAUUAGAGAUGGAGAAGGAUUUGUGGAAAGAUAGAAUCUACUUCGGGGCCAACUUGUACAAGGACAUCCUAGGAGACUACUAUACACUCUUUCAAUAAAAGCAUCUGAAGGAGCGGAGGAAAUUGAAUGAUCUAUGACUAAUUUUUCGGCUUGAUGUUUCCAUGAUUUUAUGAAAAUAGUAUACAUAUAGCACAGGUAGUAUCUCUGUGAAGUAAUAAUAAAAUAAGAACUUCUUAAUCGGUUCAAGGCGAAUCGGAAAGGAUGUACAGCUAGCUUAUAAUCCCGUGAGACAUUAACCGUAAAUAAAUGUGGUAAAUCGGCAGGUUUAAAUAAAUUGAUUAGAUUGCAA